AUGUGGGCUUCGGUGUCAAGCUGCUUAACACCAACUGUUCUCUUCUGCAUCUUGAACCUCACCAUUGUUACCAUUUUCAUCACUUCAACCCUUAAAAAACAGCAUAAAUUCACUGAUGACCAAGACAACUCGCCACCGCAACUCAUCCGAGUUCCAUCACUUUUAGAACGAGUCAAGUCCAUCAACCUCUCUUUCUACAGCUCCGGACAGCCCGACCCGUUUGACUCCGCCGCCCAUCACACCACUGCCCCACCCCCACGUCAAGAAUCAACACAUCAACAAAAGUCUGAAUGUGUGGAAGAGAGUCAUGUGACUAGGAGCAGGUCUGAGACGUGCGUGCAAGCUCCGACGAAAAGAGUGUUGAAGAAGUCGCUGAGUGAGUGUGUGUAUGUGGUUGAGCCGGAGGAAGAGGUGGAUUCGCGGCGACCGGCGACAGUAAAGGAAACGACGUCGACUGCUCGGGCGGAGGACGAGGCUGUGGAUGAAAAAGCUGAUGAUUUCAUUAACAGGUUUAGGCAACAGUUGAAAUUACAGAGAUUGGACUCCAUUUUGAGGUACAGGGAAAUGCUGAAUAGAGGUCUGAGGAGCUGA